UCUCCAUCCCCGGCGGGCUCCCGUUCCCCGUCCCCCCCUUCCCCGGGGGGGUCCCGCUCUCCCUCCCCUCCAUCCCCGGGGGGCUCCCGCUCCCCAUCCCCUCCGGGGGGCUGGGAACCGGCCCGGGCGGCUUUCGGGGAGCUGCGGCUGGAGGAGGUGAUCGGGGCCGGGGGCUUCGGCCGAGUUUUCCGCGGGACGUGGCGGGGCCAGGUGGUGGCGGUGAAGGCGGCUCGGGGGGACGCGGGGGCUGCGGGGGCUGCCAGCCUCAGGCGGGAGGCGAGGCUCUACGCCCGCCUGCGACACCCCAACGUGGUGGCCCUGCGAGCCGUGUGCCUGGAGCCCCCCCACCUGUGCCUGGUGAUGGAAUUCGCGGCCGGGGGGCCGCUGUCCAGGGCUCUGGCCGGCCGCAGGGUCCCCCCCGCCGUCCUGCUGGACUGGGCGCGCCAGGUGGCGCGGGGGAUGCGGUACCUGCACUCCGGGACCCCCGUGCCCCUCAUCCACCGGGACCUCAAAUCCAGCAAUGUGCUGCUGGCACAGCCCGUUGUGGGGGACGACGUGAGUGGGAAAACGCUGAAAAUCACCGAUUUCGGCCUGGCCCGGGAGUGGCAGCGAACGACCAAGAUGAGCGCGGCCGGGACCUACGCCUGGAUGGCCCCCGAGGUCAUCCGGGCAUCCACCUUCUCCAAGGGCAGCGACGUCUGGAGUUACGGGGUGCUGCUGUGGGAGCUGCUGACCGGGGAGGUGCCGUACCGGGGCAUCGAUGGCCUGGCCGUGGCCUACGGGGUGGCCGUGAACAAACUGACCCUGCCCAUCCCAUCCACCUGCCCCCCGCCCUUCGCCCAGCUCAUGGCAGGUACGGGGGGGCUGGGGGCUCUCCUGACCCCGGCGCUCCCCGUCCCCGACCCCUCCCCAGAUUUCAAGCACCGCCUGACGGUCCAGGCAUCACCCGGGGGAGACCCCCGGAGCCACGACCCCGAGGAUGGGCCGGGGGAAUCCCCCCCCUUCCCCCGCCUGCGCGCCAUCCAGCUGGAGCCCGAGGAGGAGGAGGAGGCACCGCGGGGCCGCGGGGGCCGGGGCAGCGCCCCCAUCAAUGGCAGGCGGCGGCUGCGCCCGGACGACACCACCUGGUACCUGGACACGGACGAGCUCAGCCCGGGGGACGCCUCCCCCAACGGCGAGGCCGGGCCCCCGGAGGCCGAGGAGGGCCGGGGGUCUCGGGGUGGGACCCCCCGCCUACUGCGGCGGGCGCUGAUGAAGGGCUCGGCCCUGUUGGCGUCCUUGGGGCUGGGUCGGGACCUCGCACCCCCCGAGUCCCCCCGCAGCCCCCCGCCCUCCCCCGGCCUCCUGCGCCUCUCCCCGCGCCGCUGGGAGCGGACCCUGGGGUCCCCAGAGUCACCCGGGACCCCCGAGAUGGGCCGUGCCUGGAGCCCCGGGACCCCUGAGCCGAGCCAAGCCCGGAGCCCCGGAUCCCCCGAUCCCAGCGGAGCCCGGACCCCCGGGACCCCCAGGACCCCUGAACCGAGCCGAGCCCGGAGCCCCGGAUCCCCCGAUCCUGGUGGAGCCCGGACCCCCGGAACCCCCGGGACCCCCGGGACCCCCGAGCAGGGGCGAGCCCAGAUCCCCGGGUCCCCAGAUCCGAGUGGAACCCGGAGCCCCGGGACCCCCAGGAUCCCCGGGACCCCCGAGCAGGGGCGAGUCCGGACCCCCAGGACCCUGGAGCUGAACUGGUCCUGGACCCCCGAGCAAGGGGGAGCCAGGACCCCCGGGACCCCCGGGACCCCCGAGCUGGGCCGUGCUCGGACCCCCGGGACCCUGGAGCUGGGUCAGCCCCGGACCCCGGGGACCCCUGAGCCACGCCGUGCCCGGACCCCC